UGCAUAUAUAUCAAUUAUUACUGCUAAGUGUGGGGAGGGGGGAAUACGUCAACCGGAAGUGAAACACUUGCUGGUUCUCGAUUUGUUUACGUUUUCAGUGGAAAAAAUAAGUCGCUGUCGACAUGAAUCCAUUAACGAAUGUGAAGAACAUCCAGAAACUGAAUGAAACCGAGCUGAAGUUGGGGACGGUUGGUAAAAAAUCCUGGCAUGACCAGUAUAAAGACAGUGCCUGGAUCUUCAUAGGGGGACUGCCUUACGAUCUCACAGAGGGGGACAUCCUGGCAGUGUUCUCACAGUACGGUGAAAUUGUGAAUAUUAACUUGAUUCGAGACAAACAGUCGGGCAAGUCGAAGGGCUACGGUUUUCUGUGUUUUGAAGAUCAACGUAGCACUGUCCUGUCGGUGGACAACCUCAACAGCAUUAAGAUUCUUGGCCGAACGAUUCGGGUGGAUCACGUGGAAGCCUACAAGAAACCGAAAGAGCAUGAAAAUGAUGAUGAUGUAACGAAGCUCAUUCGCAAGGAAGGAUGCGCACCAACAGUUCAGAACCAAUCAGUCCAGGAGACGGAACCUGAACCAGCUAAAGUGAAAAAAGAUAAACACAAAAGCAAGAAGAAGAAAAAAGAGAAGAAGAAGAAAAUAAAAUCUGAAGACUCUUCGAGCAGUGCAAAUGAAUCAGAAUCACCAGUGAAACGUAACCACGGCAACACAUCUCAUAUUAAAAUAAAAAAUGAGAAAUAUGAUUCUGGUUACGAGAAAGCCCUGAACCGAGAUGACAGAUCAAAGAGAGAAACUUCGAAAACUGAUCCCGGAUCACACGGCGACACAAACCAUCCUGGACAUGACAGACACACAGAGAGUAGGAGAGACGGGGAUCGAGAGAGGAAAAGAGAAACAAACAUUGCCUACGAGUUUGAAAAUAAAAGACAGAAGAUGGACAAACAUUUAAAACAUGGUGAAGAUCGGCAUAGAGACUGUUCGGGGAUGUAUGACAGGGAUUCUGAUAGACACAGGGAUUCUGAGAAACGUAGAGAUUCCGAUAAACACAGAUACGAAAAGUGGGGAGGGCAUGACAAUGAUGAGAGAAGUGACCGAAGACGAGAGAGUCACCAUGACGGUAGAAGAUAGAUUCACCAGUGUUGUUUAUUAUGGUUGUCUAUCAUUCAUUAAAAUUCAUUUUAAAACAUA